AUGCGUCGUUCAUGCGUUAUGGCUGUUAUAGCCACAAUGAUAAUGCUUUUUCUGGUUGCUGGAGCGAAUGGGUUGAGGAUUGCCGUCACACCGUUCCCUGAACGUGGCCGAUUUAGACUAAUGUCGGCCAUUACUGAGGUGUUGCAUUCCCGAGGCCAUGAGGUGACAAUUUUUGUCCCGGAGUCAUUCAUGGCUUUUUGCAGGAGUGAACUAGGAGAUGUGUGUCGAUCGGUUGGUGUUUAUCGAGGGAUUUAUACGAACGAAGAUGACUCUCUGAGGCCGCCAUCUAUAAUUAAGCAGUUCGAGUUGCUUAUCUCGAUCGAGCGUGCAAGCGUGGCUUUCAAUUCUUUCUUGGUAGCUGCACUCAACGGCACUCUAAACCAAGACCCUAUAAUUCCUGACGUUGUGUUGGCCGAUAUUGGUACAUGGGGAGUGGAUACUGUUGCCAAUGGAUUUCACAUCCCAACUGUGUUUCUUUGGUCAAUAACUGAGUGGCCUGCUCAGAUGAAUCCUUCUUUUCCUGCUUGUGGGAGUGGCGUUGGUGCAAGUAUGAAUGGAAUCGAAAGAACAAAAAAUUAUGUUUCUCAGCGGUUGAACUAUUGGGUUGCAAGAUUUCGAAAUGCAAGAAUGGAUGAUUCCUUUGAGCCUUUUGAAAGUUUUCUGUACAGACGGCACAUUAUCGCACCGUUUGUUUUCGGGUUUGAUGUAGUGCAGCCAUUUUGCCCCAAUGUGCAUCCUGUCGGUUUUUUAUUUCCACAGAAUGUUACAAGAGGUGUAAUGGAUGCUAAAUGGAUGUUGUGGAUGAAUGGUUGUAGUAAGGGUGUUAUCUACAUAAAUAUGGGGCCCAAUUCCCUCUUACACAACGAACUGAGAGAAAUCCUUGGUGAUUUUCUCAGAAUUGUUGGGGAAAGGUCUGAAAUGUGUGUUUUGUGGGAACGCCAAGUAGAAGAGUAUCUCUUGUCAAUGACUACAAGUAAAACAGAACGCCUUAAAGUGGUACAAUUUUUGCCUUUCCCGACAAGAUUGGUGCUGAAUCACAACAAUACAAGGGUGUUUAUGACACAUUGCGGGCAUUCCUCCUUGUAUGAAAGUAUUGAGAGCCGUACUCCAAUAGUGGGAAUUGAUCUUUUAGCUGGAGAUUCCGAUAGGUGUGCGAGGGUACAAGAUGCAGGUGUGGGAAUUGUAUUUGACAAAUAUGCCUUGAAUGCCUCCCAACUUUUUGAGAUCAUUUCGGAAGUUUCUAAAAAACAAUACAUUCAUGAAAAGUUGUUGGGCCUUAAGCGAAUGGGUUACGUGAUGGGUGGCCCGCAAAGGGCAGCUGAUGUUGUCGAGCUGACAGCAUCGAUCGGUAGAAAUAAUGAGGAUUUUUUCUGCCGUUGGAUGCAGCUACCGUAUAUUGAGAGACAUGAUUUGGAUGUAGUUUUUAUCCUUAGCGGUGUCAUUGCUGCCGCUAUUGUGGUUGUCGUGAAGAUGGUGCCUUGUGGUAGGCACACCAAGAACGUUCGACUGAAACAGGAUUGA